AUGGUGUCAACUGAGGGACACGUUUUAGUCGACGGCUCUGGCUGUCGCGCACGUCGCCAUCAUCAGGACUGGUUCGACGGCAGUGACGCCGCCACCAGCAACUUUCUCGCCAAAAAGAGCAGAUCGCACAACGCCUACGUCAAUCGCCCAACUGACGACAACGAAGCAGUUUUCUAUCGUAGUCACCACCUUGGGCAAAAGCGAUUGCGAGAGAUGCAGGAGGCCUUGACGGCUCGCAAGGCCGAUGAGACCCAAGGAUACGCGGAUCGUAAAGAAUGGACGAACUUCUUCGUCGCGAUCAAGGCUGUCUACGGUCCCACAGCCAAAGGCACCGCUCCUCUCCCCAGUACCAACGGCAGUACCCAACUCACUGAACUGAGAAAACUUCUGCAUCGAUGGACCGAACACUUCAGAGGCGUCCUCAAUCAUCCAUCCAUCAUCUCCGACGCUGCCAUCACCCAUCUGCCUCAAGUGGAGACAAACGUCGAACUCUGUCUCGCGCACUCUCUACGCGAAACCAUGAAGGCCGUACAGCAGCUCUCCAGCGGGAAGGCGCCCGAAACGGACGUCUGCGAAACACCGUCUGGAACCGUCACGGUCUCCACCUCAGCACCAAGCUCUAGAUGUACGAAGCAGAGACGUGGACAGAAUACAAGAAACAGGCGUGAAAGCCCAAGCACUUCCACCUUAGCCGUCUUCGGCGGAUACGAAAGCUGA